UGUCAUAGGGAGAAAACCGUUACUGUAGGCGUUUAUGUAUUGUAGUUUGUCAUCUCGUCAUCUACAAAAAUAGUUUGGUUACCUAGAAAGUAGACCUCGACCGAUAUUUGUGGGACGCAUAUCUUUCUUGUUAGAUUUAGAUAGCAAGUGUUGAAGUUGAAAGUGUGAAGUGAACGUCGAACUGAAAGGUACAGUUUUAAUAAAAAAUGUCUUCGAAAAGUAAAAGACAGGGUACGCCGGCAGCGUCACAAAAUAUACCUCCCAGACCGACAAGCCCAUUGAGUCCAACGAGACAUUCACGUUUGCAAGAAAAAGCUGAUUUACAAAAUCUAAAUGAUCGGCUUGCAUGCUACAUCGAACGUGUAAGAUUUCUUGAAAAUGAAAAUAAUCGUUUAACUCGUGAAAUACAAACAAUUCAAGAAACUGGUACUCGGGAAGUUACUCAUAUCCAGUCUAUGUAUGAUAGCGAACUUUCAGAUGCUAGAAAACUAUUAGAUGAUACACAUAAGGAAAAAGCUAAGCUGGAAAUUGAUAUCAAGAGACUAUGGGAAGAGAAUGAAGAACUGCGCGCUGAAUUGGAUAAAAAAACUAAAGGUUUGAUUCUUUGCGAAAAUUCUGAAAGGGUGUUGGAAACUAAAUAUAAUGACCUACAAUUAAAAUAUAAUCAAGCUAAUAAUGAUGCUAGAAAAGCCAUAAAUGAUGCUAAAGAUUUAGAGAAAGAACGAGACAAGCUUCGUAAACAAGUUGACGAAUUACGGAAGAGCUUGGAAGAAGAAUCCUUAGCAAGGGUUGAUGUGGAAAACAAUAAUCAAAGUUUGAAAGAAGAGUUAUUAUUCAAAGAUCAGAUAUUCCAUCAACAGCUGACAGAAACCAGAAGAAGUCGCCAGAUAGAGAUCAGCGAAAUCGAUGGUCGUCUGUCCGAGAAGUAUGAAGCCAAACUUCAAGAGGCACUGCAGGAUCUUCGUGAUCAGUACGAAAAUCAGAUGGCAAAUAAUCGCGCUGAAAUUGAAAGUCUAUACGAAAGUAAAAUUAAAAACCUACAACUUGCCGCCAAUCGAAAUUCAUCGAAUGCUGCUAAUGCUCUGGAUGAGCUGCGCAGUAUAAAAUCCAGAACAGACGUACUGGGUGCACGAGUUUCCAACUUGGAAAAUGAGAAUGGAAUCCUGCUGGCACGAAAUCGCGAUUUAGAAAAAUUGCUUGAAACCGAGAGAUUGCGCCAUGCCGAAUCAAUGGCUGCUCUUGAGCGUGAGUUGGCUACACUACGCGACGAAAUGAAUCAGCAACUGCAGGAAUAUCAGGAUCUUAUGGACAUUAAGGUAUCUCUAGACUUGGAGAUCUCUGCUUAUAGGAAGCUGUUGGAAUCUGAAGAGGCUAGAUUGAAUAUAACACCGCCAGGAAAUGAGAGGGGUGUUCGUGCCGGCUCACAACGUAGGUCCACUCCAUUUAGAGCAGGUUCAAAGCGCAAGCGGACUUUGCUUGAGGAGAGUCAGGAUUCUAGUGUAAGCGAUUAUUCUAUCAACAAAACCUCGAACGGAGAUAUUGAGGUUAAGGAGGUUGACCCAGAAGGAAAAUUUGUGAAAUUAUUCAACAAGAGUAACCAAGAAGUUGCACUUGGAGGAUGGGUGAUAACUCAAAAGGUUGGUGAACAAGAAACCCAAUUCAAAUUCCACAGAACACACAAACUACCAGCAAAUGAAACUGUUACGAUAUGGUCAUCUGAUCUUAACAAGGAUCAUGAUCCUCCAAUGCAGUUGGUUAUGAAAGGGUCAAAAUGGGUUACUGGUGAAAAUAUAGUUACUACAUUGGCAAAUAAUAGUGGUGAAACGAUGGCUACAUCUGAAAGGCACUCUGGGUCCCGAACUCACUCAGUAUUGCAGAAGAGGAGCUUUUUACCUUCCUCCAGGGCUUCUCCAGGAUCGAGUCGCUGGUGAAAAUAAGCCGUCACUUGUCAACAUCCUUUGUUAUAGAACAAAUUUCUAUACUCAUAACUGACUGUUAAGUCAACACAGUGCAGCUUUCGUAAUUUGAAAUUUUCUUCAAUGAGUGAAUCAAAUAUAAUAUGCAACAUUUUUCCAUAAGUUGUCUAAUUAGUGCAUGGGUAGAGGUUGUGAGAAAUUCACUGUUGGAUAAUAAAAUUAUAUUAUAAUGUUAAUUGUAUACAUUUUAUUUUCUGGAGCAAAUGUCAAUUUUGAAGGAUUUAUUAUUUGUAUAAUAACAUAUAUUUAUGUUAUGCACAAAAGAAAAUGAAAUUUUUUCACUCUUGUACUGAACAGACUAUUUUGUUAUUGCAAUUCAUGAACUUUCAAUGAUUCAGUCUUUAAAUUCUGCAAUCUUCGAUAUGUAGGCUCAGGUUGAAGUAGAAUUUUUGUUCAAAAUUUUUUUUGAAUUGCCAUUAUUUGCAAAAAUUUUAGGCCGGGGUCAAUUUUUCAAUUGUUAUUUACAGGAUGAAAAGGAUGGUUUCAUCAUCAUCAUUGAGGCACAGAGAAAUGGGAGGAAUUGAAGAAUUGCACCAUCAGUAUGGGGGACCACAAAGAGAUGAUAAUUGCAGUCUUAUGUAAUAAAUUUAUAAAUGAAACCAUAUGAGGGAAGAAGGAUGAAUUAUUUACUGUUUGCAUUUAUUUUGACACAUCUUGUUUGUAUUUGAUAAUAAUUUUGUAAUAAGUAAUAAUUCAGAUAUGUGAUGUCCAGGUGCAUUACAUAUGUCUCCUUUGUUCAUAAAAUUUUUUUCUGAGUAUAGUUUGGUUUAAAAAUUUGAUAUAAUUCAAAUUUUUCUGAAUACAGUAAAACAUUGCAUAUUAUUUAAUGACACAAAAUAUUAGAACAUUUUGUUUCACUGAGACUAUUAUGACACAAAAUAAUAUAAGAACAUUUUGUUUCACUGAGACUAUUGUUGGUUUCAAUUUAUAAUUGAAGUAAUUUGCAUAUGAGCAGCUGGAUAUUACAAAAUAAUUGGAUAUUACAAAAUGACUUAAUAUUAGAUUCUUCUAUUAAACUUUGAUAAGCUAUACAUCAUACAUUUCUCAAAUGAGUGUAAGUUGUGAAACUUUUGUCAUUUUUUAUUGUGUAUUUUUAGAAGUAUCAAAAAUUAGAUUUAUGAUAUGUUAAGACUUGCAUAGUUUUAUUUAAUAUGAGUUGAAGAACUUACCCAAUAUUUUCUUUGCUUCAAUUUGAUUUUCAAAUAAAGAAAUUAUAAUCCUUUCAAAUAAAUAUGUAUUUUAGUUUACUGUUUUUUUUAUUACAUCAAUAUCUUUCUUUGCCAAGGCAACAAUAUACAGCUGGCUUAAUCAGUGAAGUAUGUCUUUUCAAAAAAAAAAAAUUAAUUACUCUCAGAUAAUAUAGGUAGUCAAAAAUCUGUUUCAAUUCUCUGCGCUACAGUCUUAUUUUAUCAAUUAAUAUGUUGAGUGUCACCACUGAAAUAAUGUUUUUAUUAUAUUGAUUGAAUAAAAUUAGUUUAUUUAUA